GUGUGUGUGUGUGUUUUCAUUAUUUUGACAGUUCGUUCCCAUGAGCUAGCGAUGUGAACAAUUUGACGUCAACGCAAAAAAUACGGAUUUUAAACGAAAAUCAGGUCGACAUUGCAAAGUAGACAAUUACAUAAUUUCUAUUUGCUUGUGUGUAAAUAAACCGAAACAUUCUGCAAACAAGCAGCAAUUAUUAUUGUUCUUGAACUCCAUUUGUCCCUUGCUCGUCAUUGCUUGUCAAUGCUGGCCGAUGGGAAGCAAAAUAGCUGUCAAAAGUGAACAACAAACCAUUUGUAAACAAACUUUCUGCGUAGCCUGCAGAAGAUUAUUCAUUGUUUUUACACUUUUCCCCCAAAACCAGUCGCUUUUCUCAACAUGGGUUGUGAUGGCGGAACUAUUCCUCGUCGCGAUGAGCUAGUGCGGCUUAAGAAGAAACCAGAACAGAAAGAUAAAGACGCGGAAAGGCAAUUCCGGUGGAAGCACUGUGCAUUAACACAGUUGCGACUGCAGCAGCCUAUCGUAAUGUGCGGGUUGGGCCGACUGUACUCCAAGCAAAACGUGAUUGAGGCGCUACUGGAUAAGGAGAAGAUGACCGAGGCUUGUGCUCACAUCAAAUCUUUGAAGGAUAUCAAGAAUCUGAAUCUAACCGCUAACCCGGCCUAUGAUGAAACAAAGGACGACAAGAGCUCGCCAUACAUCUGUGCCCUGAUUGGUCUUGAAAUGAGCGGACAGUUUCGAUUCGUUGCGCUGUGGACGUGCGGGUGCGUGUUUUCGGAAAGAGCGCUGAAGGAAGUCAAAGAAAAAGCUUGUUCGGUGUGCCAGACACCUUACAGCGAUGACGACGUCGUAAUUCUCAAUGGUACGGAGGAGGAAAUUGAGCAAAUGCGCAUUAAAAUGGAGGCUCGGACUGUUCGUGCCCGGUCAGAAAAGAAGUCUAAAGCAGACAAGAAAGCUAAAUCAGCAGCACCAACUGCGACCGUCACAUCUGCAGCUGCUGCCGUCGAUCCUCCGGCUGAAGCUACGGCAAUCGCAUCCAGUGCAACUAUCGUCGCAGAGGCCGUUGAUACCGCAACUACGAGUACUGGGGAUAAGAAAUUGUUGGCACCCUCCUCUGCAAAGCUCAGUGGUGAGGGCAGUAGCAAAGGAACUAGUAGCAAGCCAAUGGUUCCAAAUAAGCGUGCCCUAAUAAGCGACAAGAUUGGAGUGGAUCCAGUUUUUAAGAAAUCCAAGGAUGACUACAGUGUCGCUAAAGACCCGAAAGCAUCCGCCGUUUACAAAUCCAUCUUUACGUCGCACGAAAGUGAAAAGGAUCAAAAGCGAGCCCACUGGGUCACGUACAAUCCAUUCUACAAUUGAACAUGGGGAUGAUAGUUAUCUUUCCAACUUUGUAAUACAUUUUACUUGUUUAGUUUAAUUUAAACUAUACUUUCAAUGACUUGUAGCUGAACGUGUGAGCUGCUUUAGAUACUUAAAAAGAUCCACAGUACAAGGGUACAUAUUUGUUUCAUUUAUAUUUCGAUUCGGUACAAUAAAGGGGAUCCACUGUAGAUUCUUAUAGUUUCAGUCGA